GGGGCGCGGGGAGGGUAAGGGAAAAACAGCCGUUUGUGGUUUCUAUGGUAAUGCCUAGUUUUUGGUGUUUUUGUUCAGGGGUCCGUUCGAUUGAGUGCUGGUUUUUUGCAGUGAGGGGUUGAUGUGGUCGGAAGGGAUUUAAGGGCCCCCGAUUUCCAGCAUGGCUGUGGCAGGGAUGCCCCCGAUACCGUCAGACUGUACUUGACGUGCGCCUCGUGUCCUGAGUGUGUAUUCCUCGUGUCUGCCCCCGACGAUGUCCGACUGUAUUCCUCAUACACACCCCAGUCACACCAUUCUGUACCUGACACCCCCCUCAGUUAUGUCAGACUGUGCCUGAACGUACACCCCAAUUAUAUCACGCUGUGCCUAUGAGAUACAGACCGAUUUACAUCAGACUGUACCUGACGUAUACAGCUGUGACAUCAAACUUACAACUCGGUUAUCAGAUUGUACCUGACCCGUGUGCUCCAAUUACGUGAGAUUGUACCUGCCGUAUACAUCCCAGUUUUGUCAGAUUGUACCUGGCCCUAGUCACAUUACAUUAUAUCUAAUGUGUACACCCCAAUUACUUGUGAUGGUAUUGACACACACACGGACCAGUUAAGGCACGUUGUACCUCCAUUUCUAUCCCUUGCUAUUCUCACACACACACACCAGAUACAUCACGCCCUACCUGAUGUGCAACCCUGAAAGUCACACCGUACGUAAAACUUACCUCCAGACUUACCUCGCGUCAAAUGAGACACACACCGACUUCAUCAGACUGCACCUGUUGACCCCCACCCCCCUGUUACACCUUCCCUGUCUCUAAGUACUUCUGAUGGUCCCUGGGACAAACGUACAGACCAUUUGCAUCAGAUUGUAGGUGUGAUACACCUCCUCCCCAUCUCUGAUUAGCUUCGACUGUAAACAGUGGUGGUUACCCCAGUGUUCCACUUGUGAUUAUCUCUGACUGUAUCUAGGGAAACAAUGUGUCCCCCCUCCCCAUUAAUCAGCAUGUCACUGUGAUAUACCACCCCACCGUCUCUUGAUUAAUUCUGACUGUAGCUUAAGGGGGGGGAGACACCCUUCACCAUUUAUAUCAGAGUGUAGCUGUGACGCAUCACCCGCUUCAUCCCUGAUUUAUAUCCGACUGUACCCACCCACCCCCUUCCGAAUUUUAAUCCGAACAGAGCCUGCGAUACAGCUCCCCACCGUCUCCAAUUAGCUCUGGCUGUAUCUGGGACACGCACGCCAGUUACGUCACGGUGUAGCUGGGCUACCCCUCCCCCCCCCCGCUCCGGUCUCGGAGCCUGUACCACUGACACGCACCCGCCUCUCCGGUUUCUAACACGUUUCCAGCCGCUCCUCCAGCCCAUGACCCGUUUGCCUGGAUUCGUUGCAACCUGCGGGUGCCGAUGACGGUGUGGCAGAAGCGGAUCCUGUCUGGGGAGAGGCAGAGCCGAGGAGCCGUGGGGCAGGAAGCCGUAGUCGAUGAGGGCACCUCCCACAGCUCUGUGGCCCCGCCAUGGCUGCGGUGCUGGAGCUCUCGGACGCCGGCCACUCCCGCUGCCUGCUGGUGGAGCUGAAUGAGCAGCGGCUGCGGGGCCAGUUCUGCGACGUCACCAUCAUCGCCGAAGACACCAAAUUCCCAGCCCACAAGAACGUGCUGGCGGCAUCGAGCCCGUACUUCAAGGAGGUGCUGUCGGAGGAGCCGGCCGGCCACCAGCCGGCCCAGGUGCUGGAGCUGCCCGACAUUCAAGCCGGGGUCUUCUCGGACAUCCUCAACUUCAUCUACCGGUCCCGCCUCUCGGUGCCCAGCCCGGCUGCCGCCCGGCAGAUCGGAGCCGCCGGCCGCCGCCUGGGCAUCUCCUGGCUGGAGAACCUGGACCCUGCCGCUCAAGCCAAGGAGAUGAGCGAGCCCUGGAGCCCCGAGGCCGCCGGGGACACCUCGGCCUCCUCCCCGAGAUCCUGCGGCUCCCCCGUGGACCUGACCUGCCCGUCGCGGCCGGCCACCAGCCCCGUCUGCCUCCAGGAGCCGGCCCGGCCGCCCAGCCCGCAGCGGGAGGCAGAUAACGAAACCGAGACAGCCAAGAUCCUCUAUGCCCUGAGCACGGCGCCCGCCGAGCCGGUCGCCCCGGACUGGGAGCGGGAGCGUGGCGCCGCGGAACCGCCCGCCGCUGGGGGCGAGCCGGCGCCGUCGUCUUCCUCGCCGGCCGGCGGCGCCUUCCGCUGCGGGCUCUGCAGCCGCUCCUUCGCCACGCCGGCCGCCCUGAGCCUCCACCUGAAAUUGCACCGAAGCCGGCGUUCCCUCUCCUGCCGGCACUGCGGUAAGAGCUUCAUCCACGUCAAGCGGCUGCAGACACACGAGGUGCUCUGCAAGGAGACGGGCGAGGAAGAGGAGGAGGCGGCGGGCGGCUCGGAGGCACCGGCGGCGGCCCCGGCAGCUCCCCUUCCUCCCGCCACGCCGGCGCUGCCGAAACCGGCGUCUUCCAAGAAAGGCCUGCUCUUCCGCCACCGGGCCCUGCAGCGGCUGGAGUACAUCCCGGAGCAGGACCACUUCGUCAAGGUGGUGGACGGCCACGUCAUCUACUUCUGCACCGUCUGCGAGCGCUCCUACAUGACCCUCUCCAGCCUCAAACGCCACUCCAACGUCCACUCCUGGCGGCGCAAGUACCCCUGCCGCUACUGCGACAAAGUCUUCGCCCUGGCCGAAUACCGGACCAAGCACGAGGUGUGGCACACCGGCGAGCGCCGUUACCAGUGCAUCUUCUGCUGGGAGACCUUCGUCACCUACUACAACCUGAAGACCCACCAGAAGGCCUUCCACGGCAUCAACCCGGGGCUCAUCUCCUCCGAGAAGACGCCCAACGGGGGCUACAAGCCGCGGCUCAACGCCCUCAAGCUCUACCGCCUCUUGCCCAUGCGCUCCCAGAAGCGACCCUACAAAACGUAUAGCCCGGGGCUCCUGCCGGAGGGGCUGCUGCUGCCCCCGCAGCCCCACCCCGUGGCGCUGGGCGAGGGGGACCCCGCGGCCGGCCCCGGCAGGGAGGCGGGGCCCGGCUUCGCGGCCGUCAACGCUUUGGAGGCGCCGGAGGCCGAGCGGUUCCUCCUGCCGGCGCCGGCCGAGCGGCAAGAGGCGGGGCCGCCCCCGUUCCCGGCGGAGGAGGCGCGGCGGGCGCCGGUGGACGGCGAGGCCCCAUCGGUCAUCGCCUACGGCCACCCGGCCGCUUCGGUCAUCGUACACAGCACCUCGGUGGCGCCGGCGGGAGGCGGGGGUGGCCAGGCCUCCUCGGUCAUCACCUACAACAGUACGCCGGCCACCCCCCGCCCCGCCCCGGCCGAGCCCCUCAAAAAACAAGUGCUGAAGGAAUAUAUCCAAGCCCAGAAGGCGGCCGAGCAGGCCACGGAGGAGGCGAGCGGCGGGGAGGUGCCGAAACCCCGCAGCCUGCGGCCCGGCCGCACCAUGACUUACAUGGCCAAGCCAGCCUACGUGGGUGCCGCCUCGGAGAGCCGCAGCGCCCCGCUGUGCCAGAUCACGGUGCGCAUCGGCGAAGAGGCCAUCGUCAAGCGGCGCAUCUCCGAGACCGACCUGAUGCUGGACAAAAGCCCGCGGGGCCCCAAGCGCUUCGAUUUCGGGCCGGCCGAGAAGGCGGCUCCCGGCAAACGGGCCGGCGGCUCCUACGCCCACAACGAGAGCGGCGAGGAGGAGAGCGACCGGGACGCCGAAGACCAGCUGUGGCGUCCGUACUACACCUACAAGCCCAAGCGGAAAGCCUGCGGCUCCGGCGGGGCCGGCUCCGGCGUCCCCAAGGUGAAGCGGUCUUCCCGGUGGCACCGCAAACUACGCUCCCUGCGCUGGAUGAAGCGGGGGGAGGAGGAGGAGGAGGAGGAGGAGGAAAGGGAGGAGUCCAGCCCGGCGCCCGCCCGCGCCUCGCCCAGUCCCGGCGGCUCCGACACUCCAGCGCCCAAGGUCGGGCGCGGCAGCGCCGAAUGGAAACACGAGUGCGGGGCCUGCGGGAAGCUCUUCUCGGCGCUGAAGAAGCUGCGGAAACACGAGCGGGUGCAUGGGCGGCCGGGCAAGGACGAUCCGGCGCCGGCUCCGUCGCACCGGGUGGGCCGCAAGCCCUCGGUCAAGUUCACCUGCGCCCACUGCGCCAAGGUCUGCAAGACCGCGGCGGCCCUGAGCCGGCACAUGAAGCGACACGAGGGGGAAAGCCGGGAGCCCGGCCCACCCGCCCUGACCACCGUCAUCGCCUAUUCCAAAAAGCCGGAGGAGCCGGAGCCGGCGCUGGCGGCCGUCAAGGAGGAAAUCACGCAGGAGAUGCAGGUCUCGUCGUCCAGCGGGGAGCCGCCGGCGGCGGAGGCCAGUCGGGCCUGCGCCGCAGGCCAGCCGGCCACGCCGGAGAGUCAAGGGGCAGCACCGCCCGGGGAGGAAGAGGUGAUGCCGCCAGAGACGGGCGGGCCUCAGGAGGCGGCCGCGCCGGUAGCCGAAGCCACCACCAGCCGUGCCGAGCUGGCCCCGGCGCCGCCCGCCCCCCGGGCCGCCCUCUCCUUGCAAGACCCCGUCAUCUCGCACACCAGCCCGGCCCCCCCCGAGGAGGAGGCGGCGGGCGGCUACCCGGAGAGGUACCCGGUGCAGGAGUACCCCCUGCCCCUGCUGGCGCCGGGGGGCUGCCGAACCCGCAAGGAGGCGGAAGACAAGCCUGCCUUCCUGGCCUACCCCAGCCCCAUCCCGUUCAACGCCGUGGGCAAGGCCGGGGCCGGCGAAGGGGAGGGCAAGGUGAGCUUCUACCCCGACCCGUACCCGCUCAUGUACGGGCACCAGCUGCUGGCCGCCUACCCCUACAACUUCACCAACCUGGCCGCCCUCCCCGUGGCGCUCAAUGUGGUCCUGCCGGAUGACAAGGGCCAGCCCCUGCCUUUCCUGCCCAGCGUCUUCGGCUACCCCGUCAACCCCUGCCGGAACGAGGUGCAGGACGGGGCCGGCGCUGGGGCCCAUGGGGCCGGCAGCGGGGUGGGGGGCGGGGCGGCCCUGCCCCGGGGGGUGCUGCGGGGGGAGCCCCCAGCCCCCGAGCGCCUGAAGAAGGGAAAUUUCCUGUGAGCGGCGAGGGGGUGGGCGCCCGAUCUGGGAUGCUGGAGGCGGGGGGCCACUGGCGCUGAGAUGCAGGGGGGGCUCCAGGGCCACGAUGGAGGGGAGUCGCGGCCCAGCAGGGGAGGCACCUGGAGCCGAGGGGCGCUGGAGCCCCCUCCCCCCGGAAGUGUGACAUAAGGAUCUGGGGGUGGGGUGGUCCUGGAGCUGGGCUGUGAGCUGUCACUCCAGACGGAGCAGCCCCCCCAUUAGUGACUCCUGGGUACCCCCCCCACAUCCCCACGGUCCUCAGGACCCCUUUCCCCUCACGGCUCCUCUCCCCCCGACCCCUAGGGGCACCAGAGCCCAGGCCUUGCAGCUGGCACAUCUGGGGGGGAGGUGGGUAGUUACCCUAAGGAAGGGACUAUAGAGAGGGACCAAUAUGUGGGGGGGAGCCCUAUAUACCCCCCC